AUGGGCAGGAUGUUUUCGAUGAUGUUCGUGGCAGCCAUCUUGGCCUUGCUAUCUGGCCACACCUUUGCUUCACAGUUGGGAGCGACUUUUGGCGAUGCUGCUGUUUCGCAACUAGUUCGACAUGUCGCUGCCAAAGUCCUGCAGGAACCACGAGUUGCUGAGGUUACCCUGAAAACGAAGGAAUCGCCGUCGCUGGGGUCAUUGGCCCAUCUUGAUAUCCUCAACCGAGUGAACUACAAAAAUCUCUCCGUGGUGUUCCAUGACGAUUCACUUCAUGUGGUCAUUGACAGAUUUUCCCUGCUCUCUCGUGGCAACCUCUCCGAAAUCUUCUGGCCAUUCGGUUUGGGUGAACAGGUACUUGACGUAGGCUUGCAGCUGCAGCACGCCGAGAUCCGUCUCGAUGCCGAUGAGACGACAUUUUCGCUUGGCGAUUGCCUUCUUGUCGGACCCGAGAUAGCUGCAUCCGUUCCAGGUCACUGGGUUGCCGACAGAGGAGCUUCAGCAAUCGCUUCGUUGAUGACUCCACUAGUGGAUUCAGUGCUUUGCAAUGCUCUUCGACAACACAUUGGUAGUUUGGAGGCCAGCACGAUCAUGCGUUUCCCAGUGUACGACCUAAUACCGGAGAAAUUGCGAUCGUACGUGAUCAAAAACGACACCACUCUCUUCUACAGGCUAAAAAGCGUCAAAGUGAACGAUCAUCAACUGACUGCUCGAGCACAACUGAAUGGGUUGAAAUUGUGA